UGGACAGGUGACAGCUGGUGGGACAUUCAAUCCUCCUUGCCCGAAGUUCCAAAUGCUGUACCAUUUGCCUGUAUUAUUUAUGCUGACAAAACCAAAUUAUCAUCAUUUGGCACUGCAAAGGGCUAUCCUGUUGUGGUCCAUUGUGUGAACCUCCUGGUAGAGAUAUGGAAUAGCCACGCAAUUGGGGGAGGCUGUGUCAUUGGAUGGUUACUAGUCCCCAAGGACACUGAAGAAGAGGGCAAAUUAGGAUACACAACUCUCAAGUGCAUUGUUUGGCACAAAUCAUUUUCUAGACUUCUCAGUGACAUU